AUGCCCCUGGCGACAGGAACGAAUGGGCAGCAAGGGAAUGGUGUCUACUCGGUCGAUGCAAAUGGCAAAGGUGCAAGCCCCAAAGUGGUGAGGACCCUUGCGCAGCUCAGGAGUCAGGGCGUGGUGAAGGCUAUCCAGGAGAAUAUCGAUCGCGAUAUGGGCAUGGCGCUCUCUCACUCAGAAAUGGGAAUAAAGCCAGAAAGGGUCGAGCAGUGA